AUGGCCGACGAUCUCGAUGUGGAGGCCCUUCUUGAGGCUUCUCUGAAGUCCACACAGACACAUAAGGAUGCGCCGCAGCAAGAGGCAUCUUCCAGCUCAGAGGUAAGCAAGAAUGGAUCUGCACACGACAAAGUGAGUAGAAGUGAGAAGGAGUCCAAAUCCGACUCCAAGGACGACAAACACCGGAAGAGAAGGUCUAAAUCGCGUAGCAGGUCCCGCGACCGUCAUAGGCACAAGCGCAGGAGGCAUUCACGUUCCCGGUCGCGCGAUCGCCGUUCGCGUCGUUCGCGCUCUCGCUCUCGCUCACCCCGGGGAAGAGACAGGAGGGACCGUGACAGGGGCAGAGACCGGGACAGCGACCGUGAUCGCGACAGGGACCGAGACCGCGAUCGCAGGCGAGACAGGGAUCGUCGUGGCGCAGGUAAAGAUGACGAGAUACUCACUCCCGAAGAGCAGGAACGGAGGAGGAAGCAAAAGGAGGCCGAGGAGGCCGAUCGGGACGAGCGCACCGUGUUCGCGUCCAAUCUUCCCAUCCGCGCGAGUGAGUCGGAGCUCUUCGAAUUCUUCGGCAAGGCUGGCAAAGUGCAUGAUAUCCGUUUGAUUACGGAUCGCAACUCGCGAAAGUCGAAGGGCUUUGGCUACAUCGAGUACCUCGACAAAUCCUCUGUUCCCCUUGCGCUGCAUCAACUUAACGGCACCCAAUGCAAGGGACAGACGGUGCUGGUGCAGAUCACCCAAGCCGAAAAGAAUCGCGCCGCUGCAGCGGCUGCGGCAGCGGCGGCCAACGCUCCACCGUCCCUCUCUGCGCCCACGCGUCUUUACGUGGGCAAUCUGCACACCGAUCUCGCGGAGGACGACCUGAGGACGGUCUUCGAGCCGUUCGGCGACAUCCAGCAGAUCAAUCUGCACAUUGACCCCGAAACGGGCCGCUCGAAGGGCUUUGCCUUCGUACAGUACAAGUCGCCCGAGGAUGCCAAGAAGGCGCUGCAGCACUGCAAUGGAAUGGAGCUCGCGGGGCGACAGCUGAAGGUGGGCAUCGUCUCCGAUCCAGGCACCCUCACCGCGGGCGGACCCGGUGCCGGCCUCGGCGGUCCGAUCGGCUUCGGAGGCGGUGGAGCCUUUGGCGGCGGCGGCGGCUUCGGAGGUGGCGGCUUCGGAGGCGGCGGCGGCGGCCUCAACGAGCUGGACGACGAAGGCGGCGGUCUGGGCCUCAACGCCCAAUCGCGCGCCAUGCUGAUGGCCCGGCUCGCGGGCCAGACGGGCGGGGCCGGCUUUCCCUCGCUCCCCGGUGCGCCGAUGGGCUUCCAUGGCAUGACCCCGGCCGGCCUGGGUCUCCUGCCCGGCGUCCUGCCGGGUUUGGGCAUGCCGGGCAUGCCCGGUCUGCCGUCUGCGCUCGGCGGAUUGGGCGCCCCCUCUCCGCUCCUGCCCACGGCCGGCGCCAUGCCCAUGCCCACUCCGAUCAUCCCGCCGACCGUCGCUCCUCGGCCCGUCGUGGCCUCGGCCUUCAUGCUCCUCAAGAACAUGUUUGAUCCCGCACAGGAAACGGAGCCCAACUUCCACCUGGACAUCCAGGAGGACGUGACGGAGGAGUGCAGCAAGUACGGCAAGGUGCUGCAGUGCCACGUCGUACGGGAUUCCCCCUCGGGUCUGGUCUACCUCAGGUUCGAAUCUUCCGAAGGAGCGGCCAAGGCGAUCCAAGCGCUGAACGGUCGUUGGUUCGCUGGCAAGGUAAUCUCGGCCGAGUUCAUCGACGAGAACACCUUCGCCGCCGGCUGCAAGCUGUGA